AUGUCUCUAAGAUACGAGCAAGAAAUAAAUUCUAGUUUACCAUACAAUACUCGUAGCGUUAAGACGAUUGCCUCGAGUCGCGUAAUUCGAAAUAAACCAGCAAGAAAUACUAAGUCUGAAGUGGAUCCAUACCCAAAUCCACCAACUUCUACUUCGAAAUCAACAGCUCGUGCAUGUCCAAAAUGCAAAGAGUCUUCAAAUUGCAUAAAUAUGUUGAAUAAAGAGUUUCAUAAAAUAGAAGAAUUGGUUGAUUUAUUUGAAACUAAUAAAGUAAUCGAGAUCAGAAAUAGAUGGCUCAAAACUUUAGAAAGUUAUUCAACCAUGAGUUUCGAAGAUCUCCAAAGACAAGUUAUGAUAACUACAAUUUCGACACAAUCACAAUCAGCCUAUCGAACGACCACUAUAUCUGAAUCUCAAGAAAAUGAUCUUGUUUAUCCCAUAAACUUAGUCACUUUCCCCAAUGACACUAUUGCCAUUCGAUUAUCUCACAAUUUAACUUGUCCAAUUAGUAGUAAUAUUACACUUCCACUUCGUUUCAUUUUUCCAAACUUGACGCUUACUAUAGCAGAUCUAGUUUACCCUUUUGAUCCUGUUAAUUAUUGUCCUACAAAUCAGAUAAAUACUACCUUAUCAGACCAGAUGAAUAUUUUUGCGAUACCAGAUAAUUAUUUAUUGAUUCGUUAUUGGAUAGUCCCCAAUAAUUCAUCUAAUUUGGUCCAAUAUUAUGGCCUUAUAAUAUCAACUUAUGGUAUAAUAAUAAAUAGGGACACGCCAGUACAAUUAAGUGACCCUAUCAGCAUUACCAACGCGACCGUAUCUAAUACUCAGAUUGCAACCCUAGAUUCUGAUCAGAAAGGAAUUCUUUUUGCUUCAAGUUUUGAUAAAACGACAAUUAAUUGGAGAAGAUUUAUCUGGAAUUCAAAUGUCCGUUCAUUUGAUGAUAGACAAAAUUUGACCAACGAUUCUCACGACGUUAUUACUGCACCUCCCAAUUUUCAGAUAGAUGAUCUUAAGAUUUUUGCUACAAUAGAUGGAGGUUAUGGAUUAGUUUACUCUGUUAGUUUAAAAAAUCAAGAUCUUUUAAUACCGAACGUCUCUAUUCAAAGUCCCACAACAAUAUUUAUUUUCUUGACCACGUUAAGAUCUGAUUCUUCUAAUUUUACAACUCCUGUCAUAAUAUAUCAAUCAUCAUCAUCGGAAACUGCUGUUUCCAUCAGUAAUUGUAAAAGUAAUUCUGGUAAUCGUCCUGGCUAUAUAUGUUUUAUACAUGGCCAAAGUACUCCACAAAGUUUAACACCUGGAGUGAAUUUCUGGAAAAUGAUAUCUUUUCUUUCCUCAGGAAUUAUUGUUUCAUCAGUGGAUUUACAAAAUAAUCUUGUAAGUGGGAGUAACGUGAUCACCUACAACUCGGCCUAUCCUUUACAUAAUGGCGGCGCUGUAAUGUCAGGUCAAAAUCAAAAUGGUACUUUACAAGGAUCAAUUUUUAAUGAUAACGGCGUAUUUGUGCAAGAUUGGGGGUUACCUCUGUCUCAAGGGAUGAUAGCUUCAUAUACAGAGAGUAGUAACACCAUAUGGGCGGUUGCACCUUCUAUAAACAACUCUUGGUCAGUGUUUGCUACCGUGCUGCCUUCACUUCUACCCAGUGAGUCUAUAAAUCCAGCCGUCAAUUCAUCAAUCUCUAAAAAUACAUCUUUCAUUACGAUAGUAUAUCGUCAAGAUGUUGUUCCGUCAGUUGCAAAUAUAACUAUAUACCAGCACACUAAUAACUCUGAUAAUUUGCGUCAGACGCUUGCUGCAAAUUCAUCCGGAGUCCAUUUUAUUAAUAGAAGACAAAUACUAGUUGAUGUAUUGUCAAGUACUUUUAAUCAAGAAGAAGCGAAUUAUUUUAUCGAGAUUGAUCCGAAUUUCGUAGUGUUAAGGGGAACUGGUGAAGCGGUACCAGGUGUAAUCAAUAGGACAUGGUCAUUUUUUACUGAGCAAACUACCAAUACUUUCACAGAUUCUGGUUCUACUUAUUUUGAAAAUUUGAGUGAGGAAAAUAAAACUAAUUUCUAUGAUGAAUUGAUUACUUCUCUCGCAAAUGCAUUAUCUGUAAAUGUCUCAAGAUUGUCUAUGCAAAGACGAUAUCAACAUGAUGGUAGUGCAGGAGACCCAUGGCCAAUUCUAUUUCGUAUGACACUUGUUGCAUCUUCAGAAACACAUGAGAUAACUACACAAGAUAUGCUUGGAAGUUUGGUGACCCUGGUUACUAAUAAAAGUAUUACGAGUCUUAUGCUUUAUAAUAGUACUGCAUCUUUGGAUUCGAAUUAUGGCGUGAUACAACUAAUGAGCAUAUGGGAGAGAUAUCGAUUUGAAAUUGCGGGUGUGAUAUGUAUUAUCUUUGUUUUAUUUGUCAUAAUCUUCUUGUCGAAUCAUACACAUCCAGAGGGAAGAAGCAUGGAGCUUUUCAAAUUUGUUUUAAUAAUGUCAGAUUUUGUUCUUGAUAUCAUUUUCCUCUUCACUCGAUCUCAUGAUGUACCUGUUCUAUUUCUUCCAAGUCUUCUUAUAAUAUUAGUUGCAAUUGGUGUCAAUUUUUUCGUCACUAUGUUUAUAUUCUUUAAGGAAUUUUAUGGAAACGACAGUUUUCACCAUUGGGCAAGACAAAAUGUCGUUGCUUCUUCAGUAUUUAUCGUUCUGAGUUACUGUGAUAUAGAAUCCUUAGAUUUUGUUUCUUCGGAUAUUUCAAAUUCAUCAUGCGUUCAAGCGCCUUUCUCCCAUGGUGUAUAUGAAGCCAUGUACAUAUGUACCUUUUUAGUUAUGUUUAUUGAAGACAUACCACAAUUCGUAAUUCUGGUUAUAUAUUUGCAACGAGUAGUUAUAUUUAGAUUCAUUCCACUCAUAACCAUAUUCACAUGUGCACUAAUAAUAGUAACAAACAUUGUCAGUCAUGUAUACGAUUGCAUAGUUAUGAUUCGAGAUGCAAGAAAAGAUGAUCCAUCAAAAAAGACAUAUAAAAAAUGGUGGCAAAUUGGAAAAGCUUCAGCUUCAAAACGAAUAUCUUCUCGUAAACAUCCUCAUUUCUUGAGUGGAUUUGUUCCUGUUCAACCUGGUCCAGUCAUUCAGGUUGUGUCCCCUAAGCCAAGUCCUGGUGUUGCGUCUAGUACAGAGGAAAUGUCAGAAGAGGAAACAAGUGAAAAUCUUGGUGCCGGUGUCGGAGGUUCAUAA